GAACACCAGACACAAGACAGUGGGAUAGCCGUUCUCAAAAAGCACGAACUGAUUGAUUGAUCAAUCGAGUAACUAGGAUUUUUGCCAGAGUUGUGUGUAAGGAAGAAGGGUGGUGACUCUCUGCUACAGUCAAGAUGUCUGCCUUAUUCAACUUCCAGUCACUUCUCCUUGUGUUCCUGCUUAUUAUUUGCACAAGCACUUAUGCGCACUCCAUCAUGCCAGGAAUCAUGGACCGCAACCAGCGUGGGUUCUUCGGGAUAUUCUGGAAGUGCGCUCGGAUUGGAGAACGUCUAAGCCCGUACGUUAGCAUUUGCUGCGUACUGAUGGCAGUCUCAAUCUUCUUUGGUGGCUGAAACAUAUACCUCAACUCUAUGUCUCAUGAUAUCAAAUUCCGUGGCUUCCCUGACUUGUCGGCGUUCAUUCAUUUUUCCCCUUUUACCGGGAUAUGGAAUAUCAUGCGUAGGGAGUUUGUCAAGAUUAUUUCUAAUGUACAUACAUCCGGGUUAUAAUUCACAAGAAAUUUGU